AUGGACAAAAUGCAGCCCAGUAGGAUUAAAAUCACAGAUCUGAAUUCACAUCUCACUUGUCCACUGUGCGCUGGUUACUUGGUUGAUGCUACCACAAUAGUAGAAUGCCUCCACUCAUUUUGUAAAACAUGCAUCGUUGCCUUCUUGGAGACGAACAAGUUCUGCCCUCGAUGCGACGUCCAGGUUCACAAGACAUGUCCACAGCUAAGCAUCAGAGCGGACAAAACUCUACAAGACAUAGUAUAUAAGCUUGUUCCAGGGUUGUUCAAAGAUGAAAUGAAGCGGCGGCGAGAUUUCUACUCGGAGAAUCGUGUACUGGAACCAGGAGAAGUGGUGGAGACGUUUAACAUUGCUGAGGAUGAAAUCAUCAGUCUGUCAAUGCAGUUCUAUGAGAGGAGCAAAACUAACGAGAAGCAGCGUGCAGAGGUGGAUGGAGACAAGUCCAACGGUAAACGCUUCCUGCAGUGCCCAGCAGCGAUGUCUGUCAUGCACUUAGCCAAGUUCCUCAGAAGUAAGAUGGAUAUACCCAGCAACUACAGGGUAGAGGUGUUGUAUGGCGAUGAACCUCUGAAAGACUACUACACACUAAUGGAUAUUGCCUAUUUUUAUGAGUGGAGACGGACUGGACCCAUUCCCCUGCAGUACCUGGUCAAACCCACAAGGAAGCGUAGGAGGCCAUCCCAGUCUGCCGCUCAGGGCCACUCUGACGGCGUCAACACUAGCCCGACCUCAGAGAGCGAUUCACAAAGCGACAAAGUCCACAGUCCCGCUUCGGCCCAGAUACCUCGAGCCUCGGCGCAGUCGAGCCCCGCGCCUCACGCCCUCUCUCCUGCCAACCAGAACUCCAACGGUACCACUGUGCUCAACAACACUCAGCGACACGCUCUCUCCUCCAAACAGGGAACUUCCGCUCGGAAGGUGACCGUCAACGGCACGAGCUCGGCGGCCAGCAAAGAGGAAGCCAGGGGAGAAAAAAGCGCUUUACCUCCUACAACCUAA